AUGACAUCCCCAAAUGCCACUUUAUUUUCGUUGCAGCCAGUCGUCGAAGAAGACAUUCCGGAGCUCACUGCAAUUUCCGGCCUGACCUUUGAGACAGACAGGCACACGCAGCUCAAAGCAGCCCAUCCGACCAAACCGUACGACCACGCGGGCGGGACACCGGACUCCAUCAGGCACUGGCUCAGCUUGCCGCAGAAGGUAGAAGUCACCAAGGCAGUCGACAACGCAACGGGCCAGAUCGUAGGCAGUGUCGGCUGGGUAUUCCGGGGCUUCGACAGGGACCCCAGCGCCGCGGGCGCGGCAGAGAACCCCCCAGAGCCCACCAAGCCUCCUGCCAACUCGGUCUCGUCGGACUACGCCAAGACCGGGUCCGCGGACCUCGACCCCCUGGAGCAGCUGCGCGAGAUCACUGACGACCACUUCGCCCAGUUCAUGAGGAGGAUCAUGCCGCCGGGGACACGGUGCAUGUUCAUCGCCGGCAUCCAGGUGCACCCCGAGCACCAGGGUAAAGGCAUCGGCCGCGCCCUGGUUCGGAAGGGCACUGAACGCGCGGAUGCCGAGGGCGUGAUAUGCUGGGUCCACUCGAGCGAGGCUGGGGCUGGUAUGUUCCCCAAGUGUGGGUUCGAGGUCGACGAGACGCUUGAGAUUGACCUGGACGAGUGGGCUGGAAAGAUGGAGCUGAAGCCGCCGCCGGGUGAGGAGAAAUGGGGGACAUACACGUUUAGGUACUUUGUGAGGCAACCCCAUGCUUCUGAAUACGUCAAAGGGUAA